AUGCCUCCAAAAGCAGCGGCAUCAGGGAGUGGGAGGAGGACGAGUGGAAAGGGUAUUGCGAAGAAGUCGAACGCAGGUCGGAGGAGUAGUGGAAUAGAGCCUGGAGAUCCAGCGCCAGGACGAAAAAAGCGCCGCUACAGGCCUGGUACCCUUGCGCUGAAGGAGAUCAGAAGAUACCAAAACUCUACAGAUCUUCUCAUGAGGAAGCUUCCGUUUUCACGCUUGGUUCGAGAAAUCGCCAAUACUUUGACCCCAUCAGGAGAAACAAUGCGCUGGCAGUCGCAAGCUGUUAUGGCUUUACAAGAAGCAUCCGAAGCCUUCUUAGUACAUUUAUUCGAAGAUGGCAACCUAUGCGCUAUUCACGCGAAACGAGUCACCAUAAUGCAGAAAGAUAUCCAGCUUGCGAGACGAAUUCGGGGCGCUUGGGGCGGACUGGGCUAG